CACAGAAGCAAUGGCUCAGCAGAACAAGGGCGUGGACCUGCGGUCGCUUCCGCUGGACAAGCUCCAGAUGGUGGGCAAGUCCCUUGAACAGGACCUGGAGAACCUCACGGCGUCGUACUCGGGCCUGUCGGUGGCUGCCGCAAAGUUCCGGACCUCGCGGGCCUCGCUCGAGGCCAUCAACGACGAUAACCAGGGCAAGGAUGUGCUGCUGCCGCUGACGACGUCGAUGUAUGUGCCGGGCAAGCUCGCAGACGUGUCCAAGGUCAUGGUGGACGUUGGCACGGGAUACUACGUGGAAAAGUCGAUCCCGGAUGCGCAGGCCUUCUUUGACCGCAAGCUCGAGUUCCUCAAGUCCCAAUCCGAGGCUGUGGAGAAGCAGAUCGCCACCAAGAACCAGCAGUACCGCGUCCUCCGCCAGAUUGCCGGCGAGGCUCAGGCAAAGGCCGAGGCUGAGGCCCGUGCCACUGCUGGUGCCUCCUCCUCCUCUUAAACACCCCCCCCCC